ACGAUAUUUUUGUGUACCAUCUCUAACAAGAAGUAUCCACUUUUUCACGGCAACAAAGAAUUUGUAUGGCAUAGAAUUUAGUAAAUUAACCCACAUUAGAGCCAUUAAAAUGCCAUUUAAAUAGUGCAACACAACGGAGAUAAGUGCAAUUUAAAGUUAAAACUGUAAUUCAAAAUUUACAAACUGCGACGCAGCCUUGAACAUCAAUUUUUUUAUGCUGUAAAAAAAGCCAGGAUAAUGGAGCAGAACUCCAGCGCUAUUUCAACCGAGCAGGACCUGGAUGUCAAUAAUCCAAUAGCAACUGCUACUACAGCCGCCUGCAGUAGCAGCGGCAGCGGCAGCGACAUCAGUGCCACACAUGAAUUCCAGACCAUGAAACCGGGUGCAGGAAAUAAACUGCAACUACAACAACAACAACAGCAGCAGCAGCAUAUGGGUAAUGGACGCACUGAACUGCCACACAGCGAGCUGGUAAAGAUGCUUUACUACUUGGAGGGUGAGCUGCAGGCACGGGAUGUGUGCAUCGCUGCGCUACGCAACGAGCGCGUCAAACAUCUGAUCACACAGCUGCGCACGAAGCGCGUGCAACCAAAUGAUCCGUAUGCAUCGCUAUUCCGAGAUAAGAUUGCCUUAAAUGGCAAUCUGAUAUCGCGCGAGUCCUCGACACAGGCCGCCCAAGCCGAGAUGGAAGUCCGACAGAUCAUUGAGCAGCAAAUGGAGCAGCAGUAUCAGAUGGUCAGCAAGCAGCGAGGCACCCAUGUGCGCAUGGUUAACAUAUUGACUGAGUCGCUGGAGAACAACCAGCGCAUGUUGCAGCAGCUGGAGGAGGAGAGACGCAAGCACGAACACGAUACCGCUCAGGGCGAUGACAUAACCUAUGGCCUAGAAAUGGAGCGCACAAAGCUGCGUCAACAGUUGGAGGCUGAGCAUGCCCAAGUGACCAACCUGGAAAAGGAUCUCAAGAAGCUACAGGAGACACUCGAGUAUGAGCGUAAUAGGCAAAAACAAAUUGUGCUGUUGCUCAUCGCAGAGCGGAAAAAGAUUCUAAUGAAGUAUAUUGAGGAAGGCAAACGCUCUGAGGAUCUAGCUCAAAUACUAGCCGAAGAGAAGCAACGCUCGGAUACCAUUGCCGAGGGUCUCGAGGAGGAGAGCAAAAAGUCGCUGCGAAUGGAGGAGGAGCUGGAAAAGCAAACCCAAGCCAUGGAACUGGAACGCAAAACCCUGAUGUCCAAAUUGGCCAAGGAGGAGCUGCGUGUCAAAGAAUUGGAACAGGAACUGAAUGCACUGCGCACUGAGCACGAGGCCCUGAAGAAACAACAUCAACAGCAACAGCAGCUGGUCGCCAGUGGCUCAACGGUGGCUGCCGCCACCAAGGCGCGUCAGUUCAGUGACGACGCAUGUGCCGCGCCCUUGGUAAAUAUUGCGAAAAUAGUUCAACCUACUGCGACAGUGACCAGCAUGCCGGUAUCGGGCCCUCAGACGGGCAUUGCACGCUCCAUUGUGCCGGGGCAGAACAUACGCAGCGCCGCUGUUACGGGCAUUGCCACUGUGCCAACGGGGACCGCUACCGCACCCACGGCCCCUCCAGUCCUGGCCACAGUCAAUCACACCAGCAGCAUUGUUGCCGCCGCAACGGAUGCCAGCGGUGCUGCUAUAUCCAGUGCGGCUGUAGCAGCUGCGGCUCCACCAUCUCCCUCGCCGGCUAAAAUGCAGCCGACGGCGACCAUACAACGUGCGCCGGGCGGCAAAUAUGCGGCACUGGCUGCUGCAGCUGCGCUGGAUCAGGCCACAAUAGCACCGCAUCCACACCCUGUACCCAUCGCUGUACCACCUGUGACUGUGCCACCAGCCGGUGCACGCGGCGCACCGCCACCCAUACCGACGAAGCCAAUCGUACCACCCAAGCGAGAGCCAUCGCUGUCCCGCUUGGGCUCCAUAACGAGCGGCAGUGCUGCUGCAACGGCCAUUGCCGCUGCCGCUGCGGCAGCAACGGCUGCUGUCGCGGCCACCGCAACCACAACAACUGCCUCCACGACCAGCGCAGCGGCAGUGGCAUCAGCGACCACGGCGAAGCAUAAUUAGACACCUUCCUAAACGACUUUCGACAUACAUAUAUAUACGCGCAUUAUACCAUAUAGCAUAUAACAGAAGCGAAAAUACUCAAAACCGAAUAUAGCUCCACAUUAUAACUGGCCGUAAUACUAGUUAAGGGUAUCCACGUCUGGAGACAUAUAUAUUUAUAUAUAUAUAUAUUAUUUUUUGAUAAAUAUGCCAAAUUCAUACAGUCAAAAUGCGUGAAUUCCCCUUAAUUUACUCACUUAUAUCGUUGAGGUCUUGAACUUUGAAAGUUUUUGCCUCGAGUUUUGUUCAAUUUUGUUAUUAUUUAUCGUUUUACAGUUAGCGUUUGCAAUUUAGUGAUUUUUAAAGGGUUUUAAGCAACAAAUAAUAGCCAAAGGGCUACAGUGUUUCGUUUGAAUAUUUCUCGGCUUUCCUUGCUGGAUUUGUGUAUGUAAUUCCGUGUUUAGUCGUUAGUAAAUAACAUUUGUACAAGGCCGUGCGAUUCUCAUUAUUAUUAUAUAUGUAUAAAUACAUAUAUAUAUAUACAUAUAAACUAUGAACAUAUAGUAAUUAUAUACCCAUAUAUAGUAUACGGAAUACUCCAUUGUGCUCUGUGCGUUGUUUCUUAGUUCUUAGGUGCGUUACCCUAAAUAUCCCGUGCAGCUAUAAACACAAC